AGUAGGUAAUUUAUUGUAUUUACUAUUUAUUCACUUUUUUCUGGUUUGUUGGAUACAUAAAACAUGGGUAUCGAAGUAAACACUACCUUCAUUUUCUCUGUGAAUGUGACAUUGCCAUGGCUUUAGUUUGACUGAUAGAUUCAGAUUGUCCUUUGAUUGAUCUGACUUUGAUUUUAAUUUCAAUUUAACUCAUUUGGUAUAUCAAAUAAUUAUAAGUUAAAUGAAUUUAAGUCACGAAUGUGACAUAAAACGUGUCAUUCACCUGAUCGUGUUGUAAUACAUCGUCAUCUUGCUAGUUGCUACCCGAUACUGCCAGCUUUUGUCAGUUUCCAUGACGGGUAAAGAACUCACUCUUGUCAUCUGAUGUUCAAGUGGGCAGGACUCACAUCUUAUCUGCUGUCCAAUGCAGGGCGCCCAGGCUGGUCACGACAAGACGCUGAGUAAGCGGCUGUCGUGGCUGCUGCGGCACGGCGCCGAGCGCGAGGGGCUCCGUCUGCUGCCGGGAGGGUUUCUGCCAGUGCGCGCUGUGCUCGCGCGACCCGCGCUGCGCCAGUACACCGAGUCGGACAUCCGUCGGGUGGUGGAGCGGAACGACAAGCAACGGUUCACACUGCGAGAGGACGCCGCCGAGGGUCUGCUGAUCCGCGCCAACCAGGGCCACUCUCUGCCGGUUUUAGAUUUGGAGUUGGAGCCAAUCCUGUCUGGUAAAGAUUUCCCCACAGUUGUGCAUGGCACCUACUUCAAGUGCCUAGAUAGCAUCAAGCGGCAGGGGCUGAGUCGUAUGAGCCGCCAGCAUGUCCACCUGGCUUCAGGCGUGUCGGGCAGUCAGGGGGUCAUCAGCGGCAUGAGAUCAAGCUGUCAGCUGCACAUCCACGUCGACAUUGACAGCGCCAUCGCAGAUGGGAUCAAGUUUUUCAAGUCAUCCAACGGCGUAAUUCUCACUCCGGGCGACGAGCAGGGUUUCCUGAAACCCAAGUACUUCAAGAAGAUUGUGGACGCCAAAACAGGCCGCAGUCUUCAGUAAAGCAGUUGCAGCGGGUUGGGUCCGUAUCGGCGGCGUCAGUGGCUUCACGCCGCAACACGAUGGUGGCCGGUGGCGGCAGCAGCGGCCACCCCGUCUGCCACAUCUGUAACGUAACAGCGACGUCGUACUGCAGUCUGAAGAGCCACCUGCUGGGAAAGCAGCACCAGAAAAAGGCCCGCACAGCGCCGUUCGCGCAGACCGGAGAGCUCAGCACUUAUCUGUCCAUUUCUGUGAGUGACAAGCUCAGUAAAAUUCAACAUCAGCAGGUACUUGGAGCGCUGGAUGCAUUCGGAAACAUUGCCGAUAUUAGAUGUACUUUCGAUGAAAAGGAAAAAUCUAAGUUCAAGAAGGGCUCAAUUGUGUACAUCCAGUUCCGGGAAAAGAACCCGGCCGAGGAGGUCCUAGCGCUGUCCGAGGGAAACAAACUGGCCAUCGAAUCGGCACAAGUCAGAGCAGCGCGGGUCAAAUGCACCACCCUGAACAAGAAGCAGCUGAAAAAGCUUGCCGCUUCCGCACCGGCCCCCACCAAGGCCAAUGGCUCGACAAAUGCUCCUACCAAGAAUGCCCCCGCUGUCCCCACCAAGAAAGCCACCGACUCCCCCAAGAAAGCCGCCGCCUCCCCCACCAAGAAAGAGGCCGCCUCCCCCACGAAGAAAGAGGCCGCCGCCGCUCCCGUCCAGACCACGCUGGGUGACCUGGACCUCACGGUGACUCUGACCACACUGGCCCACCUGGUGCGGACCCGAACCGAGGACGAGGUGCUGAGCUGGCUGAGCGGGCAGCUGCUGCUGACACCCGCUCAGCACCAGCAGCGGGUCCGCUUCUGUCAGGAGCUGCAGAAUGAGCUGCGUGCCCAUUUCCGCACGUGCCUCGUGCAGGCGUUCGGCUCGUCCGUCAGCGGGCUCGGCUUCCGCGGCUGCGACCUCGACAUCUACGCGUUCAUCGACGCACACAGUCACGGCAGCACCCUGCCGCCGGACGCCACCGACAGGCACAAGGUCCGCGCCGUGGGGAAGGUGCUGUUCCGGCUGACGCACCUCUGUACCAGCGUGGUGCGCAUCCCAGAGGCGCGCGUGCCCAUCGUCAAGUUCCGCUCGCCUCGGCUGGGGGACAUCGACUGUGAUAUGAGCUUCAAGGACCCGAUGUCGUGCCAGAACUCGCGUCUGAUUGGGUGGCUGAUGCAGUGUGACCCGCGCGUGCGUCCGCUGACGGUGGCGAUCCGGUUCUGGGCCAAGCGGCGGAACCUGGCCGGCGGCGAGCACCACCCGCGUCGCAUGUCCAGCUACUGCCUGACACUGCUGGUGGUCACCUUUCUGCAGCAGCUGCGGCCGCCCGUGCUGCCAACCGUCGACUGGUGUCAGGCGCCCGUGGAGCCGAUGCUGAUCGGACCGUGGAAUGCUGCGUUCGCUCCGGCCUCCGUCUGGCACACGGAGAACGCCACUCCGGUCAGCCGGCUGCUGCGCCAGUUCUUCCAGUUCUGCGCGGAUCUGCCAGCCGAGACUGUGGUGGUGUGCCCGCUGAUGGGACGGAUACUGCCGCGCGCCGCGCUCAAGGAUCCGACGGCCGGCCAGGGGAUGGCCCGGCCCGGCGUCUGGGCCGGGUUCUGUGACCUGGUGGCCUCCGGACGGGUGGAACCGCUCGCCGACAAACCGCUCAUCAUCCAGGACCCGAUGGAGCUCAGCUUUAACGUGGCGCGGAGUUUUGACCAGGCGGGCCUGGACCGGUUCCGUCUGUGCAGUCGGCAGGCGGUGGACAUGCCGCUGGAACGGCUGUUUGACGAGGAGGCGAUGCCCAAAGUCAAGAAGAUCAAGGCGGCUCAGGCGGCGGCGGCUGCGGCGGCCGUGGUCAAGGCGGCGUCCGGGGCGGCAGCCCAGACGAGCUCUGACGGCCGCGCGGCCGCCGGCGUCUCCAAGAGAUCACUGGACGCGGCUGACGUCUCGAACGGAGAGCCUGCGUCCAGAAAAGCAAAACACAACAGUGGCGAGCAGUCACAUGAGGUCACCAGCAGCGGUGCCAGCGCCGGCGACUCGGCUGUGACCUCGACAGCCCCAGCUUCAGCCCCGACUGGCAGCGACCGUCGGGAAGGAAACGUCACCUCAGACCCGGCGCUGCUCCGCCGAGUGCUGGCCGAUUUUGACCGCCAGCCGAACCGGAUCGUCUCCCUCCCGAUGGAGUCCCCCGACGGCCGGCGCUCUCCUCGCUCCCCCGAGGAGCGCGCUCGGUACGCCGAAGCGUGCGCGCGCUUCAUCGAGGAGAUAUUCAGCGUCGUGUUCCGUUUCCAGUGCAACACGAUGAAAUUCGACGGCCUCGACCUGCCGAUGAAUGUCGUGCGGGGAUAUACAUGCGUGGCGCACCUUCCCACCUGGGAGUUCCGCAAGACGGUGGCCAGUCAGCUGGUGGGUCGGAAACGGACGCUCAGCUACGAGACGGAGAUCACUGAGCGGGCUCUGCGGGCGAUCGGCAGUCCGGCGCCGUCUUCCCAGCCGCUGGCGAGCUUCUCCUGCUACCUGGUGCUUCUGGAGGAGGACCAGCAGCUGCGCGCGUGUCUGUACGAGGGUGAGACGGCCAAGGCGGGUAAGAACUGCCACAACUUCCUGGAGCGCUACCUGCCCGACAUGUGCGGACAGUGUGACUACAUGGCGCUGUUCGGCGGAGCGGAGCGGUGAGAGGUGCGGGACGCCAGCGGCCUCACGCAGUCGGCGGUGCCCUGGACCGAACUGAACCGAGCUGAGCGCCAGGGUCGGGGGGGGGGGGGGAGGCGGGUUCAACUGCGUCGAGACGGGUGUUGUUUCCAUAUGCCAGCGAUUAUCGGGCGUCUACCCGAUAACGCUUUUGCAAGCUCAGAGAAAGUCGUUUUGUUGGCAUGUUUGGUGCUCUUUGUUGUUUUAGUCCGGUAAGUUUUCUCUAUUAACGUUAUUUGUGCGAACUUUAAGCACAAUGUCUCCAGAGUUGGGCAGGUAGCCGAUUUCGCACUUGGUGAGGCAGCGAUGUGGCUGUAUCUGAAACGCUGGAACUUUGAUGCGGUUCAGCGUUCAGUCGCGCCCCAUUAUGUCACAAGUGCGUGAACCAUAUGUGCAGUGAUAUCCCAGACUUACGGUUGUGAGCAAAUACACGUGUGAAUUA